AGCACGCGCAGACGACCGUUCCUGUACUAAAAGUGUCAUGGCGGCCUAAAUCACAAAUCCGCGUGUACACUGGCCGUCAGAAGUGCAGAAAAUUCCAGUUUCCCACCCGGUAUGGCUUCCCAAAGACCUAUGGAAUGGGUGUCAUGGCUUAUCACGAGAUUCGAAGAACAGCUCCCAUCUCAUGUGAGUGCACAAUCCAGCCAUGCUCAUGCUGACCUGGAGCGGAGCAAGAACUGUUUAAUCAGUGUCAGCAAGAAGCUCUUCUCCCAAGUCAUCAAUGGGCUGGCCAAGAUACUCAACAAUCUCAACCCGUUUUCUGUGAAAUCCUUAGGACCUGAUGAUGUCAAGUUAUUGCACCAAUCUCAACUCAUUGUCCUAGACACACUAGAGAAGUGCCUCUCAGCACAACCAAAAGAUACUUCUCGUUCCAAUGAGACGAUGCUUGUCAAGUCCCUCUUGCCGGAGGUGUGUCAGCUCCUCAACUAUGAAGAGCAUCAUCCGCUAACCACACAACUCAAAAUGUCCGCCUCAAAGGUCCUCUUUGCUCUCAGCCUCAAUAACUUCAAUGCAGUCUUCAGUCGCAUAUAUGCAAGACUGGAUGCCCUUGCUAAGAUCACAGAUGAGUCGGGUGAUGAGUCGGAUAUCGAGCUUAUUCAACACAUAAACAUGGAUUGUAAACGACUCACAAGACUCUUAACAGAAACAAUAUCUAAAUUCCCAACGUUGAGGAAGAGUGUGAUGGCCACAUUGGUAGUCAGUCUUGAAAAGGCGAUAUGGAACUGGAUGGAUAACUAUCCUGAAGAGUUCAUGGAACUACAUGGAACGCAGGAGUCAGAAAUUCAGGAUUGCUGUGAGAAACUCUUUGACAUGGCUGAGAGCCUGCCGGAAAUGCAAUCAACAAAGAAGAAGAGUUCGGUCUGGCUCCUGCAAGUCAUGCUCCUCAUCCUCUGCCCAGCUCUGAUGACUGCGAUCUUCGGCAGCGCCAGCCACCACCCUAACCUCUCCUCACGCCUACUGCAGAAGAAACAGUUUCUAGACAACCUGCAGAAGUCCUUGUGCUCACCAGGCAGCAACAAGCAGAUGACGGAGUGUGCUGUGGUGUCGAGCGUCAAGCUCUGCAAGGCAGCCUCGUACGUCAAGGACUCACAGAAUUCCACGCUGUGCAAGCUGGUUAAUGUCCUCAUGAUGGAUUUGAAGAUGCUCCUGUUCAACCCUGCAAAGCCCUUCUCUCGUGGGAACUUCUCAGCUGACAUUGAACUGAUGGUAGAGUGUGCCGUCGCCUGCUUUCGCCUCCGCCCAGACAAGUGUGAACACUUCAAUGCGUGCCUCUCCGUCCACGCCCCACCUCAUUUUCACUUGGUGCUAGUUCGUGCAUUGCACUCCAUCGUGACAAAGUCGAAUAUGAAAUGGUGGCCCAAAAUAGAUGUAGUGUAUGACACGAUGCCGGGACCACUCCGAAUACUGUUUAGUGACACUCAUUCCAAAGUCACCAGUCACUGUCAGCCAACCAUGAGAUCGAGCCAGAGUUUGCAAACUUUGAAGAGGGUCUACCAGAAACCAGUUAGGAAGUUUAAAGAGAAAUCAAAUGAGGAAGUACCCAACAUGUUACUGCUGUGGCUGGUCAGACUGGUCCAUGCUAACCCCAAACUAAUGCUGCAUAACCCAGACCGUGCGGGACACGAGAUUCAGAAUAGUACAAGCAACCUCAUACGCGGGCUGGUCACGCUGAUGUAUAUGUUUGGAACCAUUCCUAACGUUGCCCACGAGGCCAUGAGGGCGCUGUUGACGUUACAUCAAGCAGAGAAUGUGGAGCUGUGGAACCGAGAGGCUCCUAUCGCAACAUUUUGGGAUAUUAGCUCUCAGAUGCUGUUCUCCGUCUCUCAGAAGCUCGUCUCCUGUCAGGUCAUCAACGGCACGGAGGUCCUGAAAUGGCUGAGCGAGGUCCUAGCCCUCAGAAACUGCUUCCUGAACAAGUACAAAGACCAUGCCACUGUUGACUGUCACAUUCCACGUACUAGAGAUGCUCCGGACAAACUAGAGUGUAUUUUCUUCAUGAACCUAUGGAAUUGUGACCAAGAGGCGGUACUGACAGCCCUCUCUUGCUUCGGCCAGCUCUGUGAGGAGGCCGAGAUCUGCUGUGGAGCUGAUGACUUCACUCUCACCCAGGUGCUACCAAAUCAUACCGUGUACUCCGAUCUUGCCACGGCAGUUGGCAUAGGACCCCAAGAGAGGGCAGCAUUACAGAAGAGAAUAUUUGCUCUUUUGAGAAGGAUCGAGUUUGUCACAGAGGGUAAUAUACAGUCUUGGAAAGAAACUUACAGCCGCUGGGAAACCAUCACCAGACAGCUGUUAAGUAACAAGAGCCGGGGGGAGGACAGUCAGGCAGCGGAAGUGCGUGGGAGCAUCCGCAGGCGAAUAUCUCACCACACCAUACCAGCUCAGGAGCAUGAACUAGAGUCAUGCGGCUGCCUUAGCCCCUCCCUACUCCUCCAUCAUUCCAACCCAUUGUCUGUCACCGUUCGUCUCCAGGAGUGGCAGAAUAUGACCGGCUUCCUCUGCGCCCUCGGUGGGGUCUGCCUCAAGACCAACAAGAGCCCCAGACAGAGGUAUGAAUCAUCCUAUGGUGACACCUCACCAAGAACGUCACCGAUGUCCAGUAACGGACCCUCUUCAUCAGACAAGCCUUGUGCUGUUAAUGAUUUCAUAGGAUGUCUACUUAAGUUGUUAGUGUGCAAUAAUGAGAGGCUUGGCCCCCAGAUCCGAGACUCAGUCAAGGACCUGAUUGGCAGUGAAUUACACCCAGCGCUCUACCCUCAUCUCUUUGAGCUCGUCAAGGAACACAUUGAGAAAUUCUUCAACCCCAACGGCCAGGUGGUGCAGAAAGAGCCCAACACAUUGUUCAUUGAGCAAGCAAUCCAAGUGGUAUGUAAAGUACUUGAGAAUAGCAGUGAGGAGGCAGCGGAAUACCUUGGUGUGUUUAGCAUAGAGGGACUCAUCCUAGCUAUUAUCAGAUAUGUUCGGAGACUAGACAACAGCCAUGGUAAUUCAUAUGUGGUGCGCAUCAAGGUGCUUUUAUGUAAUCUACUUACGACGAUGAUGAACCAGCGGGAUAUCCUGUCCUUCAGGCAAGAGAUUCGCUUCCGUAAUAAGUUGGUGGAUUAUUUAUCGGACUGGAUCAGUAUUCCUAGAGAGGAGGGCACAUUUCAAACCCGUGAGUUAGAUGAAGCCAGUAUGGAGGCCAUGGCAGCCCUACUAGUUAGUCUACCUCUGCAACCAGAAGAAGGAGAUGCUGGUGAUAUCAUGAAAGCCAAAUCUAAUCUAUUCUACAAGUACUUCACAUUGUUCAUGAAGCUGUUAAACGACCUGACAGAAGGAGAGGAAGAGAAGAGUGUAGAAAGCAGACAGCAGGGCGACACACAAACCCACGCUCACCUCAGGAAGUGCACCAUUCAAGCUAUGUCUAAUCUACUUAACGCUAACAUUGAUAGCGGACUCACACAUUCCAUAGGGCUAGGCUACCAUAAUGACGUCCAGACAAGAGGUGCUUUUAUUGAAGUACUGACUAAGAUCCUACAGCAGGGAACAGAGUUUGACACCCUGGCAGAGACAGUCAUCGCUGAUCGCUUCGAGAGACUGGUUGGGCUAGUCACCAUGCUCGGGGAUAAAGGAGAGCUACCCAUCGCCAUGGCCUUGGCCAACGUGGUUGCUUCCUCACAAAUGGAUGAGUUGGCCAGAGUGUUUGUCACCUUAUUUGAUGCCAAGCACCUCCUGUAUCAGUUACUAUGGAACAUGUUCUCAAAGGAGGUGGAGUUGGCUGACUGUAUGCAGACGCUUUUCCGAGGGAACAGUCUCGCUAGUAAGAUCAUGGCUUUCUGUUUCAAGAUGUACGGAUUCAACUACCUCCAUGGUCAGUUGGAGCCUCUCAUUAGCGAGAUGAUGGCAGCUGAACGAGCUCAUAUAUCAUAUGAGGUUGACCCCGCCAGAAUGGGUGAUGAUGAGAGUCUGGAGACAAACCGGCAGAAUGUCAUCCAAGCCGGCAAGAAAUUCUUUGCAGCCAUUUCUCAAUCCACUGACAAAUUUCCAGCCCAGCUGCGUAGUGUAUGCCACUGUCUGUAUGAGGUGGUUACGCAACGUUUCCCUCAGAAUGCCAUUAGUGCCGUUGGGAGUGCCAUCUUUCUACGCUUCAUCAACCCAGCCAUUGUCUCCCCAUAUGAACAAGGAAUCGUCGACAAGAAACCGGUAGGCAAUGCACAACGUGGUCUGAAGCUGGUAUCCAAGAUCAUGCAGAACAUUGCCAAUCAUGUACACUUCAAAGAGCAGCACAUGUUGAGCUUUAAUGACUUCCUGUCGGCAAACUUCAGUGAUGGCCGAAGGUUUUUUGAAGAUAUUGCAUCUGAGACCCACAUGAAUGACAUUGUCAGUCAGAGUAGCCCAACGUUUACAUCCGAUAGUAACGUUGUGGCGCUGCAUAGAUUAUUAUGGAACCACCAGGAGAAGAUGGGGGACUUUCUCUCCAGCAGCAGAGAUCAUAGAGCUGUAGGCAGAAGGCCAUUUGAUAAGAUGAUCACAUUGCUGGCUUACAUUGGACCACCAGAGCAUCCCAGGCUAUUACUGGACUCGCAAUGGGGUAGCAUGGAUUUCACGAGUAGCAACUUUGAGGAGUUGAUGGCAAGACGAAACAUCCACAAUGAGGAAGACUUCAAGCGAUUGAAGAGCCUCAAUAUCUUCUAUCAAGAAGGAACAUCACGCUGUGGCCAUCCAGUCUUCUACUACAUCGCUCGCAAGUACAAGUGCGGCCAGAUUGAUAUAGACCAGCUUAUCUACCACGUCCGCCUGACGCUAAAACCUUUCUACCAGCGACCCUUUGAGAUCAUCCUUGACUGCACAAACUUCGGUCCUGACAAUCGCUACAGGCAGCAACACUUGCAGCUCUGGCUUCUGUAUGCCGAACACAUGUUUGAGAAUCUACAUAUGGUUUACAUCUACAACUCCAACUCAUGGCUCAGGGAUUACAUCAAACGCAAUGAGAGGAUUCUUACACCAUUCAAGGGUACAAGGAAGCUCGUCUUUGCAGAGACCAUCAGUAAGGUGUCAGAGUUCAUUGAGCCUGUGCAGCAGCAUCUUCCUAAAUCUACGUUAUCGUUUGACGAGGACCUCAAAGUCUUCAGCAAUGCCCUCAAGCUCUCGGAAACUCACAAGGAUACCAAAGUCUCUAUCAAGGUCGGUCAGUUUGCUAUGCAGGUGACCUUCAUGGAUAAGGUCAAGGUACUAGGAAUGCCUGUUUUACUCAAUGACAUCUACCAUGCAUCAGAGAUUGAUGAGGUGUCUCUGGUAGAUGAGAAUACGUUCACACUAACCCUCCAAGAUGUAAGAACUCUCUCCUUCAUGCAUCAAGAAUCUGAAGAAGUGACCAAAGCAAUACACCACAUCAAGACAAGGUGGAAACGCUCCAGACCAGAUUCUGAAACAGUUCAUCCAAAAAUUCGACCAAAGGAUGUACCAGGCACCCUCCUCAACAUGGCAUUGUUGAAUCUCGGAAGCAACGAUCCAUGUCUACGCUCCGCAGCAUACAAUCUCCUCUGUGCACUCACUACGACCUUUAACCUCAAGAUAGAAGGUCAGCUACUGGAGACCUCGGGAUUAUGUAUACCGGCCAAUAACACCAUCUUCAUUGUAUCUAUCAGCCAGACGCUGGCUGCCAAUGAACCUCAUCUUACAUUGGAGUUUCUAGAGGAGUGUAUUACAGGGUUCAGUAAGAUCAGCAUUGAACUGAAGCACUUAUGUCUGGAGUACAUGACGCCAUGGCUGCCUAACCUAACACGUUUCUGUAAGCGUUCUGAUGAGGUGAAACGCUACAAGCUCUCUGUAGUCUUAGACAAGCUGAUCAAUAUGACCAUAGAUGAGAAGCAGAUGUACCCGUCCAUCCAGGCCAAAGUCUGGGGUAACAUCGGCCAGGUUGAGGAUCUCAUAGACUGUGUACUGGACAGCUUCAUCAAGGUGACCGUUCAGCUACAGACUGGCUUAACAGGAGGAGGUCAACCACGCACUGAGGUCAUGGCUGAUACAGCUGUUGCAUUAGCCUCGGCUAACGUUAAACUAGUCUCUGCUAAGGUCAUUGACAGAUUAUGUAAGAUUCUGGAGAAGACUUGCCUGUCUCCAACACCGACCCUAGAGAAGCACCUCAUGUGGGAUGACAUUGUCAUCCUGACUAGAUACCUACUCAUGCUAUCUUUCAAUAACUGCCUUGAUGUUGCCAAUAACUUGCCUGCCCUAUUCCACAUCAUCCCCCUGCUGGUCUCAACGGGUCCUCUACCCCUUCGAGCCUCCAUCCAUGGUCUAGUCAUCAAUCUGCUACAUUCCCUGCGUACCUGUUCACAACUCAAAUUCAGCGAGGAGACAAAGAAGGUUUUAGAUCUCGGACUGACCGAGUUUUCACUACCCAAGUUCUACGGCAUGUUCGGAAUCAGUAAAGUGAAAUCAGCCGCCGUCACAGCGUUCCGUUCCAGCUACAGGGAACGACCAGUGAGCCAGCAGAGUGAAGUCAUGCCAUUGAGCUCACUAGAGACUGUGACCGAUGCACUGCUAGAGAUCAUGGAGGCAUGUAUGAGAGACAUACCAGAAUGUCAGUGGUUAGCUGAAUGGCAUAGACGGACCAGAGAGUUUGCCUUUGCUGAGAACCCCGCCCUGCAGCCCCGUGCCAUGGUAGUCUUUGGCUGUAUCAGUAAACAGACAGACCCGACUGAAAUAAAGACUCUACUACAAAGGCUAGCCGGUGCUGUACACGCUGUCAAGGAUUGGGAGCCGCCUCAGCUUCCUAGUAGUCUGCUCCUCAUUGAGUCCAUUGUAAUCGCACUCACCAGAUUACAACCUCUACUGCAAAAAAGUGAUUCACUACACAGUCUCCUGUUCUGGGUGGCAAUAGCAGUGUUACAGCUGGACGAAGUGUCAUUAUACGCAGCUGGAUUGGCACUACUAGAGCAGAACCUGCACACGCUGGAUGAGCAAGGCAUAUUCAAUGACAUGAGCCCCGAGGAUGUCCUAAUGGAAGUUCGUCGACCUCUAGAGGAGUGGCAUUUCAAGCAGAUGGAUCAUGCCGUUGGUCUCAGCUUCAUAUUCAAUUUCAACUUUGCACUAGUUGGUCAUCUCCUGAAAGGUUUCCGACACCCCAGCAACACCACAGUUUCACGAACCAUCCGUAUUCUCAAUAUGAUGCUAGAGAUUGUCUCCAAAAACCGGGAUGUGGAUAAGUUUGAUGUCAAUGUAGAGAGUGUACCUUACCUCGCUGCCCUCUUACCCUGCUCCGAAGAGGUGCGCAGUCGCUGCAGCAUCCGCCGUGGCUGUCAGCAUCUCUCUGAAAUGGAUCUCGAACAAACCGUCUUUGUAAGUCCAGCACCCGUACCUAAGUCUCCCGCCAAGAAAGCAAGGUCUCCGCAAAAGACAGCGGUCGCGAGUAUCGCCGCAGCCAGCGCCUUCAAAACACAGAGGAGCUUAGACUCUGCGCUGCAGCGGCAGCCGGCCUGCUGCACCGUCGACAAAAUGCAGCUGAAGCCAUAUAAGAGCCUAGACCUCUCCCACGGGGCUCUCUCCACGCCGCCAUCAACGUCUUCCUCUUCCUCAACAUCCUUGUCAUCCGCGCGGAGAGUUGAAGCCGUUGAUAUCGUCGUCGAGCGCAGGGCGAAGAUGGAGAGGAAGAUGAGUAGUGGUACUAUCGUUGUGCCUAGAGCGAGGAAAGAGCGGAAGGUCUCAACACCAUCAGAGAAUGUACUACUUGAUGAAGAAGUACUCACUGAUCCAUUGAUACAAGCUCUGCUUCUGACAGUACUGGCGACAUUGGUGCGUAAUUUAAAUGAAGCAGAUGCAGGCAUCCUGUAUGAAUAUCUUGCCGAGGCAAGCCAAGUAUUCCCACAAGUUUUCCCCAUAGUGCACUUGUUGCUAGAUUCCAAGAUAGUCAGUAUCCUGAAAAGUUGCCACAAUCAGGCAACGCUGAGUGCUGUACAAAGCAUUGUCCAGAACACCCUGGCCAGUGAGGAGACUGCUCAGCAACAUACCACCUACCUCCAGGGUAUUGGCUUUGGUGGUUUGUGGAGAUUCUCUGGCCAUUUCUCACAGAAAGCACAAAUCAAGGCCAACGCAGAGCUGUUUGUCAAAUUGAUAUCCGCCCUGAUAGGUCAGACACAGCAUCCUCCCAGCGAAGGCGACUCGGCCAACAACAGCCUAUCCCUCCAUCAUUCCCUCCUAACCUCAAACCUCUCCAGCUCCAUGUCCUCCUUGUCUGUCAGUUCUGUUUUCCCGCCUGUCGACGGCGAGCAGAACGAAUCAUUACUCGGCGUCCCAAACGCCGGCCGUUUUCGCCACAGCUCUGCCCAUCAGGUGCCAAAGAACAGGAGUAUGGGAAGCUUGAAACGCAACAGCUCCAAGAACUCCAAUGGCAGGUAACACAGGGCUACAAUGGGGGUUUGGUGGAUAACCGACAGGUGCUAUGUGAUGUGAUGUUGAUCAGCAACAGGCGUUGUUGAUCAGCAACAGCUGUGGAUGCACUUGUGUGGACAGCUGACGGGUGCUUCAGGUGUGUGGGGAACUGACAGCUUGAAACGCAACAGCUCCAAGAACUCCAAUUGCAGGUAACACAGGGCUACAAUGGGGAUUAGUGGAUAACUAACAGGUGCUAUGUGAUGUGUUGUUGAUCAGCAACAGAUGUGUAUGCAAUUGUGUUGACAGCUAACAGGUGCUUCAGGUGUGUGGAUAACUGAUAAUGGCUGAGGAGCCAUAUUGUUUGGGGAACUUAGUGAUGCGAAGCCAUACCACUUUGAAAAUGUACCUCGGGUAAUAGUAGAAAACAGCUGGUCUGUGGUUUGUGAGUAGUGCUUUGUGUUGAAUCAUGUAUGAACAACGGUAUUACCUGUUGAUAGUCAACGAGUAUGACGGGAAACAGCUCUCAGAACUGUAAUCGAUGGUAUUGUUGUCUGCUGAUAGUCAACAGAUAUGAGUUGCUGAAAAGCAGCACUCAGUGCAUGGAAUUGUUCAAAUUUUCUGCCAGCGUGUGGAUAGUUGACAGGUUCUUUGUGCUGAAUCGUGUUGUGGAAAUCAGCAAGUGUGUGGAAAGUUGACAGCGUUGAAUGUUAAAGUCUACUGACUGGCUGAUGUAUAACUGUCUGUUAUGAACCAUCAGUGUCCCAGACGUAGCUGAUAAAUACAAGAAUGAUAUUCUAUGUUAUUGAUGACCACCGAAGUGACUUGUGGAUGGGUAAUUGGUAACAUCAUGUGGUAGUGGGGAUGUUGUUGAUUGCUGACAGGUACAUCAGAUGUAUAAGCUGAUGUUUUCAUGUUAGCAUUCAGAGCAUAUCGCUAAUGUGUGCAUGGAAAGGGAAAAUAAUUGUGGAUAGCUAUGAACAGAGCCCUGUGUGGAGUCGGCGUAUGGGGUCAACAUAUCCACAUGCUAAAGGAUAUCCUUAGUUGACUCAACACUGCGAAACGGAAGAAUGUGUGGGUGCUAGACAGGAGCACUAUGAGAAGAACAGCUAACCCCAGCAUUAAUCAACAAUGUGGAUUUAGUUGAUUCAUGAAUGAAAACAGAUACACUAAGCUUGUGGAUAAACCUGUUGAAUCGUUGAUCAGCAACACCAAGUACGUCAUGCAACGGAACAUAUCUGUGGAUGAGUAGCAUGCGCCUAGUUUCUUAAGUCUUUGAGGGGAAACACCAUUCAUUAACGGACUCCACACGUUGUUGACGUUCAACUGAAGAAAAUUGUGUGAUUAGUUGACUGUUGAUAUCGACACAUCAACAGGAAACAGAAAGUGUUGAGCUUUUAAGUACAGGUACUUCAGGCUUGAUAGUUAAUGGUAACUAAACGUCACUACAUAAAGCUAAAAUCUGUACAAAGAUUAUUUAUUUUGUUACUUGAUCGGUUUGGAAAUUUAGAAAGUAUAAUUUUUCUAAAAGUAAUCAACAGGAUUAUGAAGAUAAUUGAAGUAGUUUCCUUGAAGGAAAACAACAAAUUAGACCCACCCAAGUUUCAUGUGAGCAUGAGAAAUCAUCUGAUGCUUUUUCUGGUUUGAUGCAUUUUCUGAUCUUCUGAUUCUGAUCAGACAGUUCUUCAGUUUUUAAAGUUCGGGUUUAUUUUUUGAUUUCAGGAAUUUGUUUACAACUCUUCCUUAUCCCUAUUUGUUUCCUCAUAAGGUGCCCUUUACCAAGGAGAAAUGCCUUGGUGCCCUUGACCUUUCAAAAACGCAGCAAACAGGCCUGGCCAGAAAUGCAAGUAUGUAGCCCACCAAGCUAAAUCAAUCACAAGAACAGCAUCUGCCCUCGCAACUUACCCCUGGGUGAUGAGAAGCAAUUAUAGUUAAGUGUCUUGCUCCCGGGCACAAAAUGUCAUGACUUUGAUUCGAACCCACACACCCUGAUGACUCAGCAACCAGAACUUGAGUCUGAUGCACUUAACAGCUCCACCACAACACGCCAAAAGCUGUUGACAAGUAGCUGUUUGGAAAAAUGAAUGAGAUAGUAACGGUUAAUCCUAAUGUUCUUUUGUUUUUAGUUUUUGGUUUUUGAACAAGGACAAAUUUACCAGAGUGGGACUUAAACCAACGACCUCCGGAAUAACGUACAGUAUUUUUGUGUUCUAAGAUUGAGAUUGGACGGUGUGUCUUUUUUAUAAUUCAAUGAAACUGUUUCUUCACUUUCCUAAGAUUACGCUUAUCAUUGAACUAAUUUGAAUAUUUUGUGGAGUUGACGAACGACAUGAAACAUCAGUGAAUAUCGACGGUCGUUUUUGAGUACAAUGUAGUCAGCCUUUUUCACCGAUUAUAAUGUAACGCGGUUCUCUUAACCCAAUGACUGUGUAUAACCGUUUGACCGUGUGUGUGUUUUGUCUAUUAUGUAAGUAGUACUACAAGUGCAAUAGAAUUACGAAAACUUAUUGGUAAAUAUAUCUAUAAAUAUAUACACCCAUUUAAAGUUCUUUUUCCUUCUUUUUUUUACGACACAUGACCUCUGUUUUUAUCGGUGUAUUUGUUUACAACCUCAAAUUAUUUGGAAAUUUUAUUGUAAGAAAUUUUCUUGUGGGGUCCAUGGAACACAAAAGCUAAUAAGCUGUUUGCUUCUUCGGCCCUGUCCUAAUUUAGGGCCUCAGUUGCUGCCUAAUUUGGUCACGGCCUUAGACACUCUGUGGUGCACACAUUUUUUCCCCCCAGAUAUGUAAUGAUUUUUGGAAAAUCAUGUUUUGCUCCAGCACACUUUAGAUUUGAUUUGUUAAAGGAAGGGUCUAAUUAAUUAAUUUCAAAAUUGUCAUUUUCUUAACAAAUCUUCGUAAAGGAUUCUGUGACUUUCAUUUACAAAAUGUAGGCUACCUGUACAUUCAAUUGGCAUGAAGUAUGUGUACAUGUACUUCAGCCAUAGGCCACGCCCACUUUUGGGGACGCUAGGUGGCAGCAGACUUACCAUCUAAAUUAACAUUGUUUACGUAUUUCUGAGCUUGCACAUAUUACAGAAAACGAAGGUAUGUUCUCUGCCACCUGCGUCCCAAAAGUCCCAUAUUGGAAUGUGGGCCUAUUUUGUAUUUGGAUUUACUCGAGCCGUUGUCUGGUUUAAUACUUCCUCUUUACAUUGCUUAUGAAAAACUCUACAGAAAUGUCCAUUUACAUCAGAAAAAUCGCUCUUGGAAACAUGACUGAAUUUAAAAACAAUGGUUGUUAGUUUUUGGUUCUCGUGUGAAAGGGGCUUUACAAACAAAUAAUAGCAGCUUUCGAACCGAACAACUAAACCGUAACACCAGUGCGUCACGCACAUGUUGUUUGUGUGUCAUAUUUACCCAACAUGAUUAGGUGUGCAUAUCCAGGAAGACAUUAAGGUUACUAUUAAUGGUUCUUUGGAGAAUCUAUUAAGCCAUACAUCCUGAGUGGCAUGUAUCAUUAGCCUUCUUGAGGUGUGGUAUAGGAGUGCACUCUUUGCUUUGGGUGUAUACAGCUAAGACACAUUUAGCCAAACAAAAUAGUGUUAUAGUAUGUGUCUACCUUAACUCAACAUAGCUUAUGGAAGAACAAUUGCCGUGGGUUGGUGUUUAUUUCCCUCAUUGCCUCAACAGACACAUUAAAAUAAAAACUAAAAUAAAAAUCAUGAAAUUUGAAUUAAAGUGUUCCUGUAUUUCACAAUGCUGCCCCCAAAACACCCCGUACUUUAUAUUGCUUCUUAAACUUUGAAGAAACACCGUGCCCCUCUGUAAAUAUCUGUCUAGGUCUACUCUUGUACAUGUUUGUAUGUAUGUAUAAUCUCAUGUGUAUAGAUUGUAUAUAAUGGUGUAUAUCUUUAAGGCGUUCUAAUAAGUUGCCGGGGUAGACAAACAUCUGCUAUUCACCAAGUGAGUAGCCUCUUCUCAAGGUGCAGAAGGCUCGUUUCUCAAGAGUACUACCUUUUGGGGAGUGUUACAUGCCGCAAAGGUUUACAAUUACUGCAGAGAAACGCACCCCUUUAAGGAGUGCGUUCCAUGGCCGUAUUGAUGCGAGUAUACUCUCAUGACUUGUCAUUUUGGGUAGUGGAAACCAUUUGAAAUAAACCUUUUUUCAGUCUUGAGUAAAGGCUAAGUUUGACGGCUGACUGAACUGGAAUUAAUGAAAUCUUACGGUUUGGUGUUUCAAAUCUGUGGUUGAGUUGAUUGUAUAGUUGUAUUCAGAAUUGUUUAAGGUUUCUACAAGUUUGGUAAUUUUGUUUAGUUUAAUUGUAUUUCAACGACCAGUGUGAUUUGCCCCCCAACC